AUGACCGACGGCACAGGAUCCGGCAGCACCAGCCGGCCAAUUCAGUACCCACCCAAUGUCCCCCGACGCUUGUCGUACGCUUCUGUGGCAUCAGGCGCAACGUCUCAGAAUACAUCCCAUCCAACGCGAGCGGGAGCUCUUUCUCAUCUCGUCAGUUCGACACCCAGCAGCUCUAAUCCACCACAACACCCAGCACAUCCUCAAUACCAAAGGCGACACUCGGGACAAGAGCACGACUCUCCUUCCGGUGUAUAUCAGCGAAAGCCGCCAUCUCUACCGUCGUUUUCGAGGAAAUUUGCAAACAUUCCGGCUUUAGGAACGAGCAUUAUGCCUCCGAAUCCAUUCUUCAUACCAUCCUAUCUCCGCCACUCCAGAUAUGCCGCGAAUCUUGAAGCUGCACAAAAAGCCAAGAUGAAGAGAAACCGGGAACAGCCCGCGUCAGGAUCGUCUGCGAUGAAUUCACUUUCCACUAGUACUGGAAGCACAAAUACCCAUCGUAUAGCGCCGUCCCACCGUGGCAUGACCUACGACAUAAUCGAGAGCAAUCCCCCGAAGGAGGAUGAGCAACUGAUGCCUUUGCCUUCUCGGUGGAACGAGCAAGACCGAUAUCCUGGGCUUGAACUCUCCAACGAUGACCGAGAUGUGAAAUACAGUGGCUCAGGAAGCAAGGCUGAUAUUGAAGCGGCAUCCGUCCGGGCGGAUUAUCCAAUGUCACCUGCAUGUGGAAUCUAUUAUUUCGAGGUGGAAAUCAAAAACAAGAACAAAGAUACCGCUAUCGCGAUUGGCUUUUCUACUGCGGAGGCUUCACUGGAACGGCUACCUGGCUGGGAGACACACUCAUGGGGCUACCAUGGCGACGACGGGAAAAUGUUCUUCGGGGAACAUUCAGGACGAAAUUAUGGCCCAACAUUUGGUACUGGCGAUGUUAUUGGCUGUGGUAUCAACUUCAAUGCCGGCUACGCCUUUUUCACCAGAAAUGGACAGGAUCUUGGGAUUUGCUUUCGAGAGCUGAAAAAGGUUCUUAGACCAUUUCCAAUUGUUGGGAUGAAGAAGCAUACAGGGGCAUGGGUGUCGGCGAACUUUGGCGAACGACCUUUCGUCUUCGACAUUGACGAAAAGAUGCUUUUGGAGCAGACCCAGGUGUCAAGAGACAUUAUUAAAUCAAGAGUUUCCCCGUUACGGCUGCAGCGGGACGAGAAUACUCUUGUGCAAGAAUUGGUGGCGCAGUUUUUGGCCCAUGAUGGUUACGUCGAGACGGCGAAAGCAUUCGCGGAGGAUCUUCGAACAGAGAAAGAGUCUUUGACCAAUACCCUCCCAGCGACAACACCAGUCUCACCAGAGCGGGAUGACAGUGACGCUGUUUAUCGGCAACGGAUACGACGAGCCAUCCUCUCAGGGGACAUUGACGAAGCACUUGAAGUCACCCACACCCAUUUUCCCAGUGUACUUGCAGAGAACCCGGACAUCGUGUUCCGUCUGAAAUGUCGAAAGUGGGUCGAGCUAAUCAGCAAGACUACCGAAUUGAACGCUCGGAAGUCGCGGCACGAGCAAGACCCUAAACCAAGUAAUGGAUCUGAUGGUUCAUCGGCAGUUGACGCGGACUUUUCUCAAGACAUGGAACUUGACGAGCGCCAUGACGGCGAGGACGAGGCUAAUGGUCUAGAUAACCCAUCAGCCGACGAUGCUGCGCUACAAUACAACCAACUGCUCAACGAAGCAAUGCAAUAUGGCCAGGAACUACAGCGAGAGUACCGAGAAGAUGAUGGCGAGUAUGCAAAGAGCCUGCAAGACAUAUUCAGCCUGAUGGCCUAUACCGACCCUACGGUUAGUAUUCAUGGGCACCUUCUGGACGCUUCUGGGAGAGUAAAUGUCGCAGAAGAGCUUAACUCUGCCAUUCUGGUUUCUCUUGGACGAUCGCCUUCCGCUGCAUUGGAGACGACAUGGAAACAGACCGAAGCAUUGGUCGAUGUACUUGCCCAGGAGGGUGGCCCUGCCGCCUUUGUGAAUCUUCGGUCCUUGUUCGCAUCGUGA